UAAAAUAAUACGAUGUCCCAAUAAUAAUACGCAUCAAUUGGUGCCUUUUUCUUCUGUUCCGACCCAAUCCGCGAAAUUGCAAAAUUAGGGUUCCGUCAGCCUUACGUUGAUAAUUGAUUAUUGCUUCAAUUGGAGAGAAGAAGAGUUUCGUGCUUCGUGGAGCCUAAUUUACUUAUUGGAUAUCCUUCCGUGUGAUUGAGAAAUAAUGCUCUACUCAUUUACUGGGCGCUAAUUGAUGGAUCCAGAUAUCAAGAAUUUUGGAAGAGGGCCACGAGAACUCACAGGUGCUCGCGAUCUUAUUAGUCACUUCAAGUUGUUGCCUCAUUACGAGUUCUUUGGUAAGAAGUCACUUCCGUUAUCAAUUUCCGAUACACAUUAUCUUCACAAUGUGGCUGGAGACACAGCAAUUAGGAAAGGGGAGGAGAUGCAGUUGGAUCAGCUCACACAGGAUGCUUCCUUUUCAAGAGAGACUAGUUCAUGCAUCCGGCCCUUUGACUUAGAUGUCCUUAGAGAAGCCUUCCAACUACGUGAAACGGCUCCUGUCGAUUUGUCUCCGUCUGACAAAGGCAUCCCCACUAUAGCUGGAAAAUCUAAAAAUGAGAUGAAAGACAAGGAGAAGAAGCACAAAAAGCACAAGGAUAAAGACAAGGAGAAGGACAAAGAGCAUAAGAAGCAUAAACAUCGUCAUAAAGAUAGGAGUAAAGACAAGGACAAAGAGAAAAAGAAAGAUAAAAGUGGCCGCCAUGAUCCUGGUGCCGAGCAUUCAAGGAAACACGAGAAGAAAAGGAAGCAUGACGAGGAGGAUCUUAACAGUGUUCACAACCACAAGAAAAGCAAGCACAAGAGCUCAAAGAUUGAUGAGACUGGUGCAAUAAAGGUAGCCGGCUGAAAUGUGCAUGUGGUUCUAUAAUUGAUAUUGUCCUCAGAUUUUGCAAUUGAGAACUUGGAGGGUUCCUUUACUUACAAUUGUGAAAUAUCAGAAGUUCAUGCCCUGAUAUAUCCCAUUAAUUGAGGAACUUUAUGGCAUGCACUGUUGUUGCCAUCUUUAUCUUUAUUUGAGUGAGACUGUCCCUUGGAAGUCAUGGCUGGCCAGAUGCGUCGAACAUUUUUGCGCAUUCAUGAGUGCAGUCUGGCGUUUUUGAUUUAUAUAAUUCAAUUUUUUUUUUCCUUUUCUGAAAUAACCACCUUGGAAAAAGUAGGCAUGCAUCUAGCCUGGUUUCGACAGUGAUAAAGUAGCAGUAUCUGCAUGGCUGACAAACAUUUUCCUGCAUGUUUUGGAAAUCAAAUCAAUUUGUCUCCUCAUGGAAGUCAGGUGGAACUAUCUUAUACUCCUCCAUUCAUUUUAUCUCUUGUUUAAGAUUUUGGCACAACCAUUGAGAAAAACAUUUGAUAAUUAAUCAUAAGGGUUAUUUGACUAAA